AUGGCAGACCAGAGGCUGCUGUCUACCCAGCAAGUUUCGGAGCAUAAGACGCCGCAGGACUGCUGGAUCGUGGUCGACAAGCAAGUGUGGGAUGUAACCGACUUUCUCGAUGAGCACCCGGGCGGAUCAACCAUUAUCCUGAAGUACGCAGGCCGCGAUGCCACAAAAGCCUACUCAGAAGUCCACGCGCCCAGCGUUCUAAAAACAAACCUGCAGCCCGGAAAGUUCAAAGGCGUUAUCGACGAAUCCACAAUAGACACGACAUGGAUCAAGCCACCACCAGACGAGAAUCCGAGAGCUAUCCUAGACAACGAAAAGCCGCCUUUGCAGACGCUGGUCAACGCGCACGACUUCGAGGUGGUAGCCUCGAAAACAGCAAACACCAAGACAUGGGCAUUCUACUCCAGUGCAGCGACGGAUCUGAUCACUCGCGACGCGAACAAGUCCUGCUUCGACCGGAUAUGGUUCCGGCCGCGGGUGCUGAGAAACGUACGGUCUGUGGAUACUCGGACGAAGAUUCUGGGCGGCGACUUUAAGUUGCCGCUGUUUGUGAGCCCGGCGGCCAUGGCGAAGUUGAUUCAUACUGACGGGGAGUGUGCGAUUGCGCGGGCAUGCGAGAGUAAAGGGAUCCUGCAGGGUAUUUCCAAUAACUCAUCCUACACCAUGGAUGAAUUGCGCACCGCAGCUCCAUCUGCCAGCUUCUUCUUCCAGUUGUACGUCAACCGCGACCGCGAGAAGUCCGCUGCAUUACUCCGCCAAUGCUCUGCCAACCCCAACAUCAAAGCCAUUUUUGUGACCGUGGACGCCGCCUGGCCUGGCAAGCGCGAAGCGGACGAGCGGGUCAAGGCCGACGAGAGCUUGUCUGUACCUAUGGCGCCGUCCAAGGCACAGAAUGACAAGAAAGGCGGUGGACUGGGCCGCGUGAUGGGCCGGUUCAUUGACCCUGGCCUGACGUGGGAAGACCUGAAGUGGGUCAGACAGCACACGCAUAAGCCGGUGUGUCUAAAGGGUGUGAUGUCCGCGGAUGACGCACUGCUGGCCAUGCAAGCCGGUAUGGAUGGUAUCCUGGUGAGCAAUCACGGCGGACGCAACUUGGACACCAGCCCGCCGUCGAUAAUCACAUUGCUGGAGAUGCAGAAGCGAUGCCCCGAAGUGUUUGAUAAGAUGGAGGUGUAUGUGGACAGCGGCAUCCGCCGCGGAACGGAUAUUCUCAAGGCUGUGUGCCUCGGUGCGACAGCCGUGGGAAUGGGUCGGAGUAUGCUUUUCGCGACGAACUAUGGACAGCAGGGUGUGGAGCAUUUGGUUGAUAUCAUGCAAGACGAGCUGGAAACGGCCAUGCGCAACAUCGGCAUCACCUCGUUGGAUCAGGCCAGUCCCGACCUGCUACACACGGGUGAUGUGGAUCACUUGGUCCCGGCAUCCCGCGCACACCCUUACGCCCAGGCCAUCGCCAAAGGUCGGCGGGGCUCCAAGCUUUAA